CACCUGGUAGAUGAGGUCUUGGGAGGAAGAUGCUCCUUUCUAAGAUUUUACAUUUAGUUUAAUAAUAAUAAAAUGUCAGUCCAUUAUGGUUUAAUUACUUCUAAGUACUUAGAAUACACAUAUUUUCAAAGAAAGAAUCAUUUGUGUGGUUUUCGGUCGCAGAGGUGGUUGCAUACUAAUUGCAUGGUCGGCGGUUCGAUCCCCCGUCUCUCCGCAUAAACACCAUUUGCAUUGCUCUAAAGAGCGCCGGUUUCGUGCGUGUUUUACAGUCAUUUCCGACCAGUUUUUCAGCUUCUGUUCAGAAAGUUGAGCCAGUCUAGUCUACCGGUUUUGUGUCCUGUGUGAGCCGGUCCCUGCCAGCAGAGCCUGCUCUUCAUUAUGGAUCAGGAUGAGGAUCUCCUCCGGAGUCUCUAGCAGGGGAAACUUUUCGUACCUCCCCCUCCGCCUGCCUGCUUCCAGCUUCCAGCAGCUCGUCGGUGGUCAAAAGGUUCACACUUGCGGCGCACAGAGGACCAGCAGCCGGCGUGUCUCCACAGCCGUCGACAAGAAAAGAGGUGACUUAGAUGUGCAGAAUGAACGCCUGCCAGAAGAUAAACUGAAGGCCUUGGAUGAUACCUGAACUCCUUUGAUCGUUGAACUAACAACAGGUGUCAUGGCUCGAGUACUGCUGACGUGCACAUUGCCUUUCCUCUACCUGAGUGUCUGCUGGUGUCAGCGUGACUGCACCGGUGUGGACUGUCCCAUGCUGGACAACUGUAUCGAAGAGGUGCUGGAAGGAGGCGCUUGUUGUGCUUCAUGCUUACAAAAAGGAUGCACCUGCGAGGGUUACCAGUACUACGACUGCAUCAAUGCUGGAUUUAAGAACGGGAAGGUACCUGAAGGAGACUCUUACUUUGUUGACUACGGCAGCACAGAGUGCUCUUGCCCCUCUGGAGGGGGACGGAUCAGCUGCCACUUCAUCAGCUGUCCUGAUUUGCCACCAAACUGCAUCGAGGUUUCGGAGCCUGCGGAUGGCUGCAUGCAGUGUGAACGCAUCGGAUGUGUUCAUGGUGGGCAAAAGUACGAGGCGGGUCACUCCUUCCAUAUUGACUCUUGCCGAGUCUGCCACUGCCCUAAUGAGGGAGGGAACUUAAUGUGCUACCCUGUACCUGACUGUGAUCCCCAGAAAAUCCAUAAACCCAUGUUAGCUGCACCAACAGAAGAAAACAUAGCCAAUGGGCGCGAUAUUUACCCCUACAAGUUUGACCAACAAGGCAGCAUGGAUCAGUUCUCAACGCCGUAUCACCUUCCACCUAAUGGAAAUCUUCCCCUCUUCAAAUUGUCUCCACUGGAUAAGGAGGAACCAGAAGACUAUGACUAUGGUCCUACAGACUUUCCGGAGACGUACCCACAAUCUUUGGUCUUCCCCACACAGUCCUCCUCCUCUUCCUCUUCCUCUAACAAAAUUGUGUCUGUGUCCCGAGGCUCUGCCAGACCUGACAGAACCUCUUCCCUUCAGAGCUUUGACAGACGAGGCAAGCUGGAGCUGAGAGAGCAAUAUGGAGUUCAUGACCGUCCUGCAGACAAAGCGGAAGUGACAGAAAGUCCCCUGAGAGUGGAGCAGGUUACUGUCAGGCCACAUAUGUAUGCCACUAGUUCUUGGCAGCCCUCACAAGGUUUAACAAGUGCUCAAAGUGUCUCGCUCGGUGAUUUGAGUCCACAGACAGAUUUAGAGAACCCACUGCAUGCACACAGGAGUUUGGGCAGUGUCAUAUUUCCAUUAAACCAAGGAAUGGCGAAUGAAGAACAACCAGAGUACCCACAUAUGAGAUCGGAAAGUAUAAUUUAUCAUCAGAGAGGUGCUGAGACUAAGGCACAUCACCAAAAUGCAUCAGAUAACGUCAUGCCCAGAGGUUCAAACCAUGAGAUCAAAGUUAGUCACCCAGUGAGAGGUGCUGAGACGAAAACUAAUCAUGAAAGAGGAGCAGCUAGAGUCAAUUUUCCACUGUACAUACUGAGAAGCACAGAUAUUCCGAGCCACCCCCAGGCAAGUAAAAACGGUCAAGAGGAAUUAAGGGGUGCAGUCACACUGGAUGACGAGGACAGGUUGAAUGAAGAUGAAAUAGAUGAGGAGACGGCGGAAGAAAUAACAACUUUUCAAAGUGUCACUGGGUCUGAAGGUGAAGAUGUGCCUUACAAGAUCAAGUCGGCACAACAGGAGAGAAGCCAUGAGGAUUCAGAAAGCAACGAUCCAACCAGCAGCUACGAAAGAAAGACAUCUGAGCCCAGCACGAGCCUUCCAAGGAGACUGGAGUACCAGACAACCCCCACGGUGCAGUUUACCACCACCACGACUACACAGCCUCCAACAAGGGUCAAACUGGAUGAGAGUCAUCGAAGGGCAAAUGAAGGCCAGAAGCAGCUAAACCUUCACAGUCAAGGUGGAGAGAAAGUGAAGGAGGAAGUGACAAAGAAAGAGGAGGAAAGGAGGCAUCGUCCGGUUUUAUUCAUCAAACCUGAUACGGGUCCAGGUGUCUCUGCUGAAGACCCGCUGCAGGUAUGCUGUGCUGCUGGCCAGAAAUGGGCCGCUGAUAACCGUCACUGCAACCACAUGCCCCUGCUGAACAGUGACAAGCGCUCCGUUUGCAGUGUUGCCCAGAAGCAGUGCUGCCUCAGCUCUGUGAAGGAGAGCCAGUGUGAAUCAGGGGUGACCUCAGCCAGAGAAGGUGACACCUGUGAAGUGGAUGAGGAGGACUCAUGCACAGAUGACUCCCACCAGGUGUGCUGCAGCUGCUGUGCGCUUGGCUUGCUGGUUCGCAGUGAAGGACGGGGUUGUGAUGCCCACCAGCACCUGGGCUACCCGUGUGGACACAUCUUCCUUACCUGCUGCGAGGAAGAGGAAGAUCUGAGCCAGAUCCCGCUGAGGAGAAAACAGAAGCCCAGACCAACUGUGCUGCCCAGAAAAGUCUCAGAGAGCAAGUUCCCCAAGGAGGCCUUCUCCAUCAGUGCCACAGACGAAGCUGCCAACGCAGUGGAGGAGCAGGAGGACGUGGAUGAGUGCCAGCUCUACCAUGGCCAGCUGUGCCAGCAUACAUGCACCAACAUCUGGGGCUCCUACCGCUGUGGCUGCCACCAGGGCUACAUUCUGCAACAGGACGAACACUCCUGUGCACCAGUGAGUCCUGAAGAGGACAACAGAGUCGGAGAGGUGGAGAGUCCAGCUGUGAGCCUGACACCAACCACCACCACCACCACUACAACCAGUACCACCAGUACAACCCGUACAACCACCACCAGGCCUCUCCGGUUUGAUCCUUGUGCAGCAGAAAAUGGUGGCUGCAGUCAGCAGUGUUCAGCGGUGGCAGGCCGGGCUCGCUGCUCCUGCUUCCCAGGGUUCUCACUGAUGACAGACGGACUCAUGUGUGAAGACGUGGACGAGUGCGCGACCCACACCCACAGCUGCCGGCCGAGAGAGCGCUGUGUGAACACAGUGGGCUCAUUUGUAUGCGAGCUGCAGGUCACUUGUCCUGCAGGCUACCAGCUGAGGAACAGUGUUUGUGAGGACAUUGAUGAAUGCCUGGCAAGAACACAGAACUGUGGUUUGGGAUUUGUGUGUGAGAACACAGUGGGCUCUUUCAUGUGUAAACCUAAACAGAAGUGCAUCAGUGGCUUCACACAGGACUCUCACGGCAACUGCAUCGACAUAAAUGAGUGCAGCAGCCUGGAUGAGCCGUGCAGCUCAGGUUUUAACUGUAUCAACACUGUGGGCUCCUACUCGUGCCAGAAGAAGAUCGUAAUGUGCAGCAACGGUUACCAUGCCAGCCCCAGCGGAGCCAAGUGUGUCGACAUUGAUGAGUGUCAAAUGGGGACGCACCGCUGUGGAGUGGGCCAGAUUUGUCACAACCUCCCUGGCAGCUACCGCUGUGACUGUCAGACGGGCUACCAGUAUGACGCCAUGCGCAAAGUCUGCACUGAUGUAAAUGAGUGCUGGCGCUAUCCUGGCAGGCUGUGUGCCCAGACCUGUGAAAACACCCCGGGCUCCUACCACUGCUCCUGCACAGCUGGCUUCUCCCUCGCAUUCGAUGGCAAGAACUGUGAAGAUGUGAACGAAUGUGACAAGAAACCUUGCAGCCAGGAGUGCGCCAACAUCUACGGCUCGUAUCAGUGCUACUGUCGCCAAGGUUACUUCCUGAAAGAGGAUGGACACACCUGUGAAGAUAUCGACGAGUGUUCCCAAAGCAUCGGGAACCUCUGCGCCUUCAAGUGUGUUAACGUUGCAGGCAGCUACCAGUGCUCCUGUCCUCCUCAUGGAUACGUCAUGUCGGCCAACGGGCACACCUGCAGAGAUAUUGAUGAGUGCACAACUGGAACCCACAACUGCUCUUUCGGACAGAACUGCUUUAACCUGCAGGGAAGCUUCAGAUGUCUCUCCUUCAACUGUCCUCCCAACUACAAGAAAGUGUCUGACACACGUUGUGAGAGGAUCAGUUGUCCCAGUAACUCCAUGGACUGUCAGAACUCCCCCACCCGGAUCACCUACUACCAGCUCAGCUUCCAGACCAACAUCAUCAUUCCAGCCCAAGUCUUCCGAAUCGGACCGUCCCCCGCCUACUCCGGUGACCACGUUGUCAUCAGCAUCACAAAAGGUAACGAGGAAGGUUACUUCAGCACCCGUAAGCUCAACAGCUUCACAGGUGCCGUCUACCUGCAGAGACAAGUCCGUCAGCCCAAAGACUUCCAGAUAGACGUGGAGAUGAAGCUGCUGAGGCAGGGGACGUUCACCUCCUUCCUGGCCAGGAUCUACGUCUUCAUCACGUCUAGCACUAUGUAAUGGACACAUAGAGACAGAGACUAGAUAUUUCAUAUGGUGCUAAAGUUUUAUAUGUGCACACUUUUCUAAUGCCUUUCAGUUUUCAAACAUGAUUCAAGAACGUUGUAGAAUGUCGCCAAAGAUUUAAGUGUUCACUUUAUUUUUUUGUUGUCUUUGGUAGGUUUUCCGCAGAGUUUCAAUGACAAUCAUAUUAACUGAAAAAAACUUGUAUUUGUAUGUACCAAAAAUAUUUUUCAGCUUGCUAAUGUAAUUUAGCUUUUAUGCACCAUCAUUAAUAGUCUUCAAACAGAUUGUACAGUAGCAAGUGACUGCACAAAUCUGAUUUGGCAGUUUGUGCUCUCUUCAAAACUCCCAUUUCUUCCACCUCCCAGUGAUGAAAUGGUCUUUUUCAUUGAAUUUAUUCUUGACAAAACAAAUAAGCAGCACUAGAAGUUAAGGGCACUUGUCAGAUAUGAGGCCCAAAACUGACAAAAAGUAAGUUAAAAAAUGAAUUAAAGCUUUUAAGCAUGAAUUAUACUGUUAAAAUGCUAAUCAUUUAACAAUCAUUUAACUUCCAAUCAGUUAGUUAAAACACAGUGAACUGUUUUCUUUUACUACAAAUCAACUGAUAAUUCACCUUGUUGUCAUUUAUUUUCACAUUUUUAAAAAGUCCUGUAAUUUAGUCUUGUAUUUAUUCUUAGCAGCUCAUUUUUUUCAGCUCCUUUGUGUUGGCCUUCACACAUUUUAGAUAAUUUUUCCAAGUAAUUUCAUUUAUUCUUACUACUGUAUCACUAUUUUCAUUUCCUUGCGUGUGUGAUAAUGAGAUGGGUGUGUGGGGGGUAAAAGGAAUAGAGUAAGAACUUAUUUACAACAAAUUAGAUUUAAAUUUGUGACAAAUUUAAUGAAUAAAAUUUUGUUUAAUUGUACCAACUAUUUGGAGAUUAAUUCUAGUUUUUUUGAAUUCCAUUAAUUGAAACCAUUGAAGACAAAUAUAAAUCUUAAUAUGUAAUUCCCCUGUUCCUUAUAAAUGAUGCAACAAACUGCACAAUUUAUUGACGCAUUCAGUUAUAUUUAUUUUAUUUAUGUUUUAUCAGUUUUGGACCUUCAAAUCAUCACCGCAUUUUUUCCAUGUGGCCGCCAAAAAGGAGCACAUAAUCCUUCAAAUAACAUAUUUUCUUCAGCCUUUGGUGUAUAUUGUUUUUCAAAAGAUGUAAUCUGAUGAAUGGAAGUGUUGAAAAUCACACGAGAAAAUGUUCAGCAGCCGCAAAUGGCAAAAUUCCAGCACUGAGACCGUUAUUGUAGAGGACGUCGCUGUUGAUUGUUUGCUAUAUUCUUUUCCUUUAUUACAGGACUCAUCUUUUUUUUAUGUUACUGUGUUGUAAUUAUCUCAGGGUAAAAAAAAAAAGAGAAAGAAAUCAAGCAAUCUUGUCCACGCUAGACAAUUUCCUGUGUGCAGGAAUGAAUGGGUCUGCUGCUGUAACUGCAGACUGGCCUCCAUGUACAGUCUUAGCUUUUGUAUCUAUAAACCAAUAAAUGAUGAUUAAACUGUUGUCAUUUGCUCAAUAA